AUGCAUUACAGGUUUAUUCGCGAUAGCUUUUGGGGCCGUUUGGCUUACCAUAUUUCCGGUCAUAGAGUCUUUUCUCACACUGAAGAACAGAAAAAAUAUGUUAUACCCGACAAGUAUUUUGCAGUCUAUCCACCAUCUUCAGAUAUAAGUAAAGAGUCCUUAAUUAAAGAUGAUGCCUCUACUGAAUGUUCUAUCCAAACUUCAAACAAUAUUAUUGUCGAUUGGGACGAUGCUGAUGAUCCGGAAAAUCCUUACAAUUGGCCGGUAUACCAAAAGGUCUUCUUUAUAUUUGAAAUUGCCUUUUUGACCACCUCAGUGUACAUGGGAGCGGGGAUAUACACUCCUGGGAUAGAUGAAUUAAUGCUGGAUUGGGGGUUAAGCCGUGUCAUGGCCACCUUACCGUUGACCCUUUUCGUGAUUGGAUACGGGAUUGGUCCCAUGGUUCUUUCUCCAUUUUCAGAAAAUGUCACCAUUGGAAGAACUUCCAUCUAUAUCAUCACUCUCUUCAUUUUCUUUAUCUUACAAAUCCCCACUGCCUUAGCUCCAAAUAUUGCCUCCUUGUGCGUUCUUAGACUUAUCGGAGGGUUCUUUGCUUCAGCAGCAUUGGCUACCGGUGGUGCAUCGGUAGGUGAUGUUCUCUCUUUACCCUACGUCCCCAUUGGGCUUGCUAUGUGGAGUAUUGGAACAGUCUGUGGCCCAUCUUUGGGGCCCUUAGUUGGUGCAGUCUUUUCCCAACUUGUAGGUUGGAGAUGGACGUUUUGGUUCAUGGCUUGCAUUUCUGGUGGGUCAUUCAUAGUCUUAUCCUUUUUCUUACCUGAAACUUAUGGACCAACAUUAUUGUACAGAAAGGCUCAAAGAUUGCGGGCACUUACGCAAAAUGAAAACAUUGUCAGUGCUGGAGAGAUCGAGAAUAUGAAUGUUACCACCAAGGAAAUGGUAGUGAAAACAUUAUGGAGACCAAUUGAGAUCUCACUCUUUGAACCAGUGGUACUUUUGAUUAAUUUGUACAUUUCCAUGGUCUAUUCAGUGAUGUACUUGUGGUUUGAGGCGUUCCCGAUUGUAUUCAUCGAGAUCUACCACUUCAAUUUGAUCGAGAUGGGUGUUGCAUUCGUGGGGAUUUUGAUUGGGGUACUCGUGGCAGCAGUGGUAUAUAUUCCAAUCACCUACAGAACAUUCACAAUCAAGGCACUUGCCGGCAAAGUAACGGUCCCCGAGUCUUUCCUUCCCUUGGCCAUAUUUGGCAGUGUUUGCAUGCCCAUAGGGCUUUUUAUUUUCGGAUGGUCGGCCACCACCAGCGCCCAUUGGAUGGGUCCAAUCAUGGGGACGGGGAUAUUUGUGUUUGGGGCUUACUUCAUCUUCCAGUCCUUGUUUAACUACUUGAGUUUCUCAUUCUGGAGGUAUCUCGCCUCAGUGUUUGCUGGAAAUGUUUUAUUUAGGUCUGUCAUUGCCGCGGUGUUCCCAUUAUUUGGAGCACCUUUGUUCAACAAUCUUGCCACCAAGAAGUACCCUGUUGCCUGGGGGUCUUCCAUUCUUGCUUUUAUAUGUAUUGUAAUGAUUGCCAUUCCGAUACUCUUCUACUUGAGAGGCCCAGCCUUUAGAACAAGAUCAAAGUAUUCUGGGAAUUUACUUUAG